AUGACUUCUGUUUACGACAACGCUGUUGAAGCUGCAAACUUCAUUAAGACUAAGACCUCCCUUGUUCCUGAAAUUGCUGUCAUUUUAGGUAGUGGUUUAGGUGGUUUCGCUGAUGAAAUCGAAGAAAAGAUUUACAUUUCAUACGAAGAAAUUCCCCACUUCAAGAAGUCUACUGUUCAAGGACAUGCUGGUAAACUUGUUAUUGGUAAAGUAGGUGGUAAGGUAGUUGCUUGCAUGCAAGGUAGAUAUCAUUUUUAUGAAGGUAAUACUAUGCAAGAAGUCGUUUUCCCUAUUAGAGUUUUCAAGAUUCUUGGUGUCACUAAAAUGGUUGUCACUAACGCUUCUGGUGGUAUUUCUAAGAUGCUCUAAAAUGGUGACUUGAUGAUCAUUAGGGAUCACAUCAAUUACAUGGGAAGUAACCCUUUGAUUGGUCACAACGAUGAAAGAUUCGGUCCUCGUUUCCCUGAUAUGAGUGAAAUUUACAACAAGAAGCUCUCUAAUAUUGUAGCUGAACAUAUGAGAAAGCUCGGAUUAGGUGUAAAGACUGGUAUCUACAUCGCUUUCACAGGUCCUUCUUACGAAACCCCUGCUGAAAUCUUAAUGGCAAGACAAAUGGGUGCUGAUGCAGUUGGUAUGUCAACAGUUCCUGAAUGUAUCACUGCUAACCACAUGGGCAUUAAAGUAGUUGGUAUUUCUUGUGUCACUAACAUGGCUGCUGGUGUUUCUGAAAAUCGUCUUACCCAUGAUGAAGUCUGUGAAACCGCUGGUUUUAUGAGAGAAACUUUCAAAAAAUUAUUAAGAAACUUCAUUCCCGAUCUAUGA